UCAGUAACAGAACUCGUGGGGACUUCUGAUCUUUAGCUUUCUCUCCGUCUCUCUCUCUAAAAUGGAUGCAUCCUGUGAGCAGUAUAACUGAUCAUCGUCGUUUGGAUUGUCUCCAUAUGCUCUCGCCAAAAAAUGGCUUCCACCCUCGUGCCUAUCGACUCCAACCCCUUGCUCUCUGCUGUCGUCUCCUUCUGCCUCUUGUUGCUGCUAUACGCCCCUCACAUCCUUCUCCGGCUUCUCCUCUCGCCGGUUAUCGUCUCCGCGGGCGCCCUCCUAGUCGGAAUCCUUCAUCUUGGAUCGACCAAGAAGCCAUUGCAACUCGAGCACUCCUCGACACAGGCAACCACAGUAGAAGAAGAUGGGGAAUGCGGGAAAGAGGAAGAAAAUGAAAAGGAAGUUGUUCCUCGGCCGAGACGGAGGUUUUCCGACGUACUGGUGGAGUGGAACCGGCGAGCUCCGCUGGAGGUGAUAUAUGAGAAUGAGUACGAAGGAGAGGGAGGCGACGAAGAGGCAGUGGUGGAUGGUGGUCGGCCGGAGUACUACUCCUCUCCAGCGAGAGAGCGGAAGGAGACGUGCGCCCUGCAGUGCUACUACCCGGAAUCAGAUUCGGACAGCUCGUCGGAUGACGGUUUCCCGGCGAUGUGGGAGAGGCCCGACAACCGGUGCUUUCGAUGGGAGGACGACAAUGAGGAUGGCCUCAUUGAGAUACCAAUCUUCAAGGCAAAGGACACGUGCCGAUCGCCGGCCGAGGAGUUGGAUUUCUACCUCGUGGACGAUGAUAAUCUCAUAGAGAUCGAUCUUUUCGACCAGACGGUUGUCAAGAGCCAAAGGUUUCCGGCGAAGAUCGAGGCUGCCGCUCAGUGUUAAGUCAGGUCCGUAGUCCAGAUUGUAUUAGUUGAUGGGCAGUGACAGAUCUCAUUCGCAGUAAGGGAAUUUCUUGUUUAUACUUCAAAAAUUUCAAUGUUUCAAGCAGAAAAUGUGAAACAUAUCGGAAUUAUGUAUGAAGAACCGAAACAGAAUGAAAACAUCUAACUU